UGAGUAGAAUCAGCUGAGUACCCAAAUAUACCGUGAUACCAACAGUGUAUGAUCAUUUGUAUUAAAUGUAUCCUAGAUCAGCAGACACAAACUUUCUCUGGGUAUGAGUUUGAGUAUGGGAGGUAGCUCAGUUGCAGCGUAAACAUAACUCUUCAAGGAUAUAAAUCAGGAAGGGUUUGUCUAUACCAGUUGAGCCAGGACAGCCUAGAACCGAACAUAAACGUGAAAUUCAAGUUUCGAGCUCCAACCUUUACUUGUGCAGUUCAUUCUGAACCAGACAAAUCUCAGGAUAUCAAACCAAGGAGUGUAUCAGGGUCUAGCUAAUAAACAUGUCGGAGAACCAUGAUAAUUCUACUUUUGGAGAACUGCAUGGAGAGCGGGGUAAACCCUCCCAGCAUUAUACUCCUCAUGUGAUCUGUAUGGUUGGAUUACCUGCGAGGGGGAAGACGUAUAUCGCGAAGAAGUUGGCGAGGUAUCUCACUUGGGUCGGGAUGAAGACGAAGGUUUUUAAUGUUGGAGAAUAUAGAAGACAAGCUACUACACUAUACAGGAAGCAUGAUUUCUUCCGAGCUGAGAACACAGAGGCUAUGGCGCUUAGAGUAGCAGUCGCUGAUCAGGCCCUACAGGAUACUCUUCGCUGGGUUCAGGAGGGAGGAGAUGUCGCUAUAUUUGAUGCGACAAAUACGACCAGGGAGCGACGACAGAUGGUUUACGACACUAUUGUACUCAAACAUGGAUUCAAAUGUCUCUUUCUAGAAAGUAUUUGUGAUAAUCCUGAGCUCAUAGAAACAAAUAUCCUGGAUGUAAAGGAUGUUUAUGUACCGAUGCGAGAGGAACAUGAAGCUCAUCUUUCCUUCAUGAAAAUCUUCAACGCAGGAGAGAAACUGAUCAUCAACCGUCACGAGGGCAAUCUGCAGAGCAGGAUAGUUUAUUGGUUAAUGAAUAUCAUUAUACAAACAAUAUAUAUUCAUCGGCAUGGAGAGUCUGAGUUUAAUGUUGCUGGUAAGAUCGGAGGAGACUCCAAUCUAUCGGAGAGAGGAACAUUUUAUGCUGCAGCUUUAGCAGAGUUUAUAAACAAGCAAAAUAUUCCAGAAAUGAGAGUCUGGACCUCGUGGUUGAAGAGAACUAUAGAAACUGCCGCGGAUAUUGAUGCGCCUCAGGAAAGAUGGAAAGCUCUAAAUGAGAUUGAUGCAGGGUUUAAGAAGAGUAUCCCCCAGCUCUGCUCCGUUCCUCUAACUUGUUCCCACGACGCUACGAUACGUACAAUGGCUUUGAAAAGGAAACUCUCCGAGGUUGAAGAGGAUUACUCCGACUAUGACGAUUCUUGCUCCGUAUCCAGGAGCGAGGAUGCAGGGGAGGGAGGAGAAGGAGGAGUUACUAGAAAGAGAAGGAGAGGAUUGAUUGAGAAGAGAAGGAGAGAUAGGAUCAACGACAGUCUUCUAGAACUGAAGAGAUUAGUUCCCAGCGCUGUUGAGAAAUCUUCCUCCACAAAGCUUGAAAAAGCUGAGAUUCUGCAGAUGACUGUUGAUUACUUGAAGAAUGUCCAAGGACGGAACGAGUAUCCGGAUCAAAGAAUGGCGAUGGAUUACCAGAAUGUUGGGUUUAGGGAUUGUGUAGCGGAAGUAUCCAGGUACCUGGUUGCAGUGGAGGGAAUGGAUCUGCAGGAUCCUCUCCGUCUCCGUCUCAUGGCCCAUCUCCACAACUAUGGAUCUCGAGGAGGAGCUGGAGCUACUGUACCCUGGCAUAAUGGAUAUCCGUCACACCAUUAUCAAAUUCCUGCGCAUAUCCAGGAUAAAUCAAUUGAAUCCCAAACCUUUAUAAACUCCGAGGUUUCCACCUACUCAAGAGCUGGAGUUACACACUCCUCUCCGACCUACGCAAAUAGUGGAUACACAAACUACUCUGGGUUCUCCUCUUUACCUAUUCCUCCACCCGGAGGACCGCAGGGAAAUGUUGUACUUAUCGGGCACCAGGCAGUGUUGAGGUGUAUCCUGGCAUACUUCCUGGAGAAACCACUUUCGGAGCUACCAUACAUAUCCGUCCCGCUCCAUACUCUCAUCAAACUCACGCCAGUUGCCUACGGUUGUGAGAUUGAAUAUAUCCGGCUGCCUAUAGAAGCUGUAGACACACAUAGACCACGACCAGUUUCUCCGACACAUAAGAGACUACGGAUCAGUAGUGAGACAGCACUGGAGCUCAGUGAUAGAACUGCAACCCAUCUCAGUUUAGGAGAGGGGGAUAAGGUUGUGAAAACUGUUGGAGGACCUCAACUUCAAUUCCAUUGAUGGAUUUGAGACAAACUAGGAAUAGUUCCAUUGAUAGAUUCGAGACCAAUUAGGAAUAGUUCCAUUGAUAGAUUCGAUACUGAUUAGGAAUAGUUCCAUUGAUGGAUUCGAGACCAACAAGGAAUAGUUCCAUUGAUAGAUUCGAUAUUGAUUAGGAAUAGUUCCAUUGAUGGAUUCGAGACCAACUAGGAAUAGUUCCAUUGAUGGAUUCGAGACCAACUAGGAAUAGUUCCAUUGAUAGAUUCGAAACCAAAUAGGAAUAGUUCCAUUGAUAGAUUCGAGACCAACUAGGAAUAGUUCCAUUGAUGGAUUCGAGACCAACUAGGAAUAGUUCCAUUGAUGGAUUCGAGACCAACUAGGAAUAGUUCCAUUGAUAGAUUCGAAACCAAAUAGGAAUAGUUCCAUUGAUAGAUUCGAGACCAACUAGGAAUAGUUUCAGUAAUAUAUUUGAGACUGUAAAAAGGAAAAGUUCCAUUAAUAGAUUCGAGUCUAACUAGGAAUAGUUCCAUUGACAAAUUCGACACUAAAUAGGGACAUUUCAAUUGAUAGAUUCGAGACUAACUAAGUAGAAUAGGAUUUUACAUUUUGCCAUAUUAGACAUGCUCAGGAAAAUGUAAUCAAAUCCUUUCCCACCCUUCGUAGUUCUCCAUGCCUUCUUGAUUAAACCCUAUACAUAUAUUUAUAACUUUCUACAACUCUUAUCUCUAGCUGUACAGUAAAAUUUAAAUAUUGUUCGUAAGUUAAACUGUAGAUUACGGACGGCCGGGAUAAGCUUAGAUUUCUCACCGCCAUUGAAUCUCUUUUUUUCAAACUGCUUUUAUCAAAGAUUGAAAAUCAAUUGCGAUUCGCUCAACAAUAGUUGAACAUAAUGAGUACCCUUGUUAGAAUAUUAAAAAAGUUGAAUUUAAGCAGGGGCCACUGAAUAUCAUAAACUGUUAAAUAUAAAAUAGGUUGCUCAAGGAAUUUUUAUAAUGAACAAAAAAAGAAUUGACUUUUUGUCACAACCAAAAUUUUCUAAUCCCUAUUCAUCUUUGUAACCUCAUGGUGAAAAUCUUUGAUAGACUUAUAUAGUUAGAAAUAUUUAAGGUCUACGACAUUCGCGACAUUGGAUUGCAACAUAUAGGGAUCAGAAAGUCAGAGUUUGUGUCAAAACUCAAUUUCUAAAUAAACUAUAUAUAGCACAUACAAAAUUAAAAACAUUCCUGUUUUUUACUUCAUUGAAUUCGUUUGUUACAUUUGUUUAACUUGUUUUUGUUUUCAUUAUGGUUAUUUCUUAUUUUAUGAAAACCAAGGCUUUCUUUUCCCAAUUGCUGCGAGCUUUCUAUUUUAAAAAAGAAAAGCCUUAAUUUUUAGGUAAAAUUUGUUAAAAAUAAUUGAUAAGUACACCAAAUAAUAAUCCGUCCGUGUGUACUUCAUUAAUCUCAUAUUGGAACUGCAGAUGUCCGUUUUUAUAAUUAUUUUUCGUAAUUUACAUUUUUAUAUUUAUUUCUGUUAAUAAAUCAUCUUGAUUUGUUU